AUGGAUUCAAAUCCUCCACGCAAUCCUGUGUUUCUGGUAUUUCCUCCAGAGAUCACCAUUCCUGAAUUUCAGUCAACGGACUUUACAGCUAUGACCUAUGAGUCUAGCAGUCCCUUUCCAAAAUUACUUGCUGCAAAAAUGAAAGUCUUAGGGACUAUCCAGAUUGUGCUUGGACUGAUGAACUUUUCUUUUGGAGUUGUUUUCCUUUUCACCUUUGAAAACCCGUACCCAAGAUUCCCCUUUAUAUUUGUUUCAGGAUAUCCAUUCUGGAGCACCCUUUUGUUCAUUAAUUCUGGAGCCUUCCUAAUUGCAUUGGAAAGAAAACCCACAGAAACUCUGGUGGCAAGGAGUCGAAUAAUGAAUUUUCUUAGUGCCCUGGCAGCAACUGCUGGAAUCAUUCUUCUCACAUUUGGCUUCAUUCUAGAUCAACACUACUUUUGUGGCUAUUCUGAAGAAGUGAGUCAAUGUCAACCUGUUACCACCCUAUUCAUUGGAAUUUUGACUAUGUUGAUGGCCUUCAGCAUUAUGGAAUUACUCAUUGCUCUGUCUUUCUCAAUUUCGAAGAGCAACCUUGACUGUUGUGAUUCUGAGGCAUGA